AUCCCUUUGUUAAUACGUCCAAUCUGCCUAUGUACUAAUAUAUAUUACAAAGGAGCCUCAAGACGGGGACGCGCAAGCUGGUGUUCAGAGAAGGACUCAAAGGAUUUGGUAGUUUUUUUUCCAGUGUGAAACUUAAAAAAACGUCUCUGUUUGACGGCUUGACUAAGGAGGUGUGAGAUUUGCGUCUUAAUGUCGAUCGCAACCAUCUCGGGGACUCGUGGUUGAUAUAUCUGGCAUUUAGCUCAUCUAGCAAGGGAUUCCAGUUUGGUCAGCAUUGGUACUUUUAAAAAUUAUUCAUAGAAUUUUUUUUGUUUAUUGGUUGCCGGUUUGUUUUUUUUGGCCUUUUUUGUUGGGAGUAUUUCUGUUCCUAUAAAAGGAACAGUGUGUUUGUUGGCCUGCCAUGCCCCUGCCCGCGCCCGAUGUCCCGGCCUCUCAGAGGCUGGCACUGGAUUGUCGUACCCUCCUGGACCAUCGCAUUGGCAAGGGGGUUUGUGGUUGUUGCGGGGCGCUCAGGCCUCGGUACAAGAGACUGGUAGACAACAUCUUCCCAGAAGACCCAGAGGAUGGGCUGGUGAAGGCCAACAUGGAGAAGCUGACAUUCUACGCCCUGUCGGCUCCGGAGAAGCUGGACCGUAUCGGCGCCUACCUGUCUGAGAGGCUGUCGAGGGACGUGGCCCGACACCGAUACGGGUAUGUGUGCAUCGCCAUGGAGGCACUGGACCAGCUGCUGAUGGCCUGCCACUGUCAGAGCAUCAACCUGUUUGUGGAGAGUUUCCUCAAGAUGGUGCGCAAGCUUCUGGAGUCGGACAAGCCCAACCUGCAGAUCCUCGGAACCAACUCUUUUGUGAAGUUUGCCAACAUAGAAGAGGAUACGCCAUCAUACCACCGCAGUUACGACUUCUUUGUGUCUCGCUUCAGCGAGAUGUGCCACUCUAGUUUCGAGGACCCGGACGUCCGCACCAAGAUCCGCAUGGCCGGUAUCAAGGGCCUGCAGGGUGUUGUGAGGAAGACCGUGAACGAUGAGCUGCAGGCCAACAUCUGGGACCCUCAGCACAUGGACAAGAUCGUCCCCUCGCUGCUCUUCAACCUGCAGAGCGGAGAGCGCACCGAGAGCCGCUCCCCCUCCCCGCUGCAGGCGUCGGAGAAGGAGAAGGAGAGCCCGGUGGAGCUGACGGAGCGCUGCUUCAGGGAGCUGUUGGGACGAGCCGCCUAUGGAAACAUCAAGAAUGCCGUCACGCCGGUUUUGAUGCACUUGGAUAACCACUCUCUAUGGGAGGGGAAGACUUUUGCAGUGCGUUGCUUCAAAAUCAUCAUGUACUCCAUCCAGUCCCAGCACUCUCACUUGGUGAUCCAGCAGCUCCUCGGCCACCUGGAUGCUAACAGCAAGAAUUCGGCCACGGUGCGCGCCGGGAUAGUGGAGGUUCUGCUGGAGGCAGCCGCCAUCGCAGCCAGCGGCUCCGUGGGCCCCACAGUGCUGGAGGUGUUCAACACGCUGCUGCGGCAGCUGCGUCUGAGUGCGGACUACGAGCUGACCGGCUCCUACGACGGCAGCACCAACAUCGGCACGAAGAUCAUCAAAGCCCACGAGGAGAGGCAGCUGCAGGAGGCCGUCAUCAGGACCAUCGGUUCAUUUGCCAACACUCUCCCGACAUACCAGAGGUCAGAGGUCAUGCUCUUCAUCAUGGGUAAAAUCCCCGUCCCUGGGAUUCACCCAGCUCUGCCCUCCUCAGGCUGCGGCUCUGAGGGUACCAGGAUGAUUCAGGUCAUGUUACUCAAGUCCUUGGUCCAGGUGACGGCCGGUUUCCAGACCACCAACAUGCUGACGGCGCUGCCCACCUCCUUCCUGGAGCCGCUGCUCUCCUUCUUCCUGACCGAAGACCCGGAGAUCCGGUUGUUGGUGCUCCAGAUCCUUCUGAGUCUCAUCGACCGGCACGACAACACGGCCAAGUUCAGAGACAUCAGCAUCAUCUCGGACAUCUCGCUGCUCAAACUCAAAGUGGACAAAUGUUCCAGACAGGACAACUUGUUCAUGAAAAAGCACGGCCAGCAGCUGUACCGACACAUCUACCUGGGCUGCAAGGAGCAGAGCAGCGGGCGGCAGCACUACGAGUCCCUCUUCGCUCUGCUGGGCAUCCUCAGCGUGGAGCUGGCUAACGAAGAGGUGGUGGUGGACCUCAUACGCCUGGCCCUCGCCCUGCAGGACCUGGCUCUGUCCACCGACGAGGACCUGCCCGUGUUUAACCGCUGUGCCGUUCACGCCCUCGCCGCCGCCUACCUCAACCUCAUCUGCCAGCUCACCACCGUCCCAGCCUUCUGCCAGCACAUCCAGGAGGUAAUUGAGGUGAGACAGAAAAAAAGUCCCUACUUUCUGCCUGAGGAUGUCUUCAUUGAUGACCCCAAGCUGCUUUCUUCAGCGGAGAAGGUGGAAGGGGACGUUUUGUUCCUCCAGUCAAAGAUCACUGAGGUGCUCGGAGGAAGCGGUUACAACACAGAUCGGCUGGCGACGCCUUACGUCCCUCAGUACACCGAUGAGGACCGUCUGUCCAAGAGAAAGAGCAUCGGGGAGACCGUCUCGCUGCAGGUGGAGAUGGAGUCCAGGAACAGUCCAGAGAAAGAGGAGAGGACACCAGCAGAGGAGAUCACAUUCGAAACCCUGAAAAAUGCCAUUGUUCUUCUUUCUCCCAGAGGGAUUCUGCAACGUGGAUGUCGCUUGUGUCUCCCCCUAGUGGACAGUGUGGGUAUGGAGGAGCAGGAGAGGGAGCGGAGGAGACAAGUGGUGGAGAAGUUUCAGAAGGCCCCCUUCGAGGAGAUAGCAGCACACUGUGGUGCCCGGGCCACACUCCUUCAGAGCAAACUCAAUCAAAUCUUUGACAUCACCAUCAGACCCCCGCCCAGCCCAUCCGGAACCAUUUCGUCAGGUUACGGCCAAAGCCAGAGUCGAUCUAUACCCAUCUACGAGAUGAAGUUCCCUGACCUGUGUGUGUACUAGACCGCCAAGCGAAGGCACACAACUAUUUCCCGGUUUAAGGCCAGUGGGGAUCUGGGAGGUGGAGCCGAUGACUCACUGUAAAGCAAGCGGCCACAAGGGGGAGAAACACAAGGAGAAAACCAUAGUUGUGUGAAGCCAACUCAAGAACAAGCCACAUCUUUAUUAACUAGUUUUCCUGAGAUGAUUUUUGUCCAGUUGUAGCGGCCGAAACAAGCCUGCUGAAGUCAAUGAACGCAGCAGUGAUAACGAGAGCUUUUUUAAAAAUUUAGCGCAAUCCUCUGAGUUCUCUUUAAGGGUCUAAAAAUUUCAUUGAGUGUGAGAAGAACUGUGAGGAACAAUCUGGACCAUUUCCUGUGGCUUGAGAAUGAAUUGGCUUGUUGCAUGCCAAUUGUAGGACAUUCUUUUGACCCGUUUGUCCCUCACAGGGUGCCAUACUAUCAUUGAUGAUAAAAUCCUUUUUUUUUAAUCCAUAUUGAUAUUUUAUUUUAUACCUAAAUUUUAUUUUCUUUCUAUUGAUCGCAUGGCCAGGAUGAGCUUGAAUGAAUAAGAUUGCAUUUUACUUUACAUGUUAGUGUAUUUUUGUAUGUUUGAAUGAUGUAUAUGUAUAUUUUAGUGUUAUCUUUAUGAAGGUUUUACUUCCUAUCGCCCUUGUUACUUUGCGCUGAACAUCUAUCUUCACUGUUUAGCGCUUUACCCUUUGUUUUGCCUUUUUAUUGUUCAGCCAAAAGUGCUUUUUUUUUUUUUUUUCAUGUCUGGCAUUUAUUUCCUGCAACUAUUUUUUUGUGCGUUUUUUCUCUAUUUUAAGCCAAGUUUUAAACGAAAGGAAACUCAAUCUGAGUGCUAUCCUCCCAAAGUGAGUGUGCCUUACAGGUGACUCAAGUCAGAACAUACACACUGCGCCACAGUCAUGACCACACUAAACUUGUGAAGUGUUUACUGUGACGUUAACCCGAUCGAACACUGGAAGAUCAUUAGGGAUCCUUUAUUUUCCUCCUCUCCAUAUAAAUGUGUAUAUACAGAGAAAUAUAUAAAUCUUUAAGCUGAUGUACAGAGCAGGGAGGUUUUUCCGUCUGUCUUUGUGUGUAUAAAUCCUGUAUAUUGAUUCUUUUAGACUGCCACUGCACUAACGGUCUCCGUAAGUAAGGGAACGCGCUACUUAGUUGGCAUUCGGAUACGUUUGUUCAAAGUCUCGCAAGGAUAACCAGCAGCACGUGAAAUCAAAGCAGUCCCAGCGGACCCCCCCCCCCCCCCAGUAGAAACCUGCAUCAUCUCCAAAUCAUUAGAUCGCACGAGUGUGUGUGUGUGUGCUGCGAACGAAUCAACGAGCGCUGAAAUAAUCACCGUGGUUAUUACCCACCAAUGCGUCUAAAAGCCAUCUUUGUAAACAUGAAAAAGGUAUAAUGGCAAUAAUUUUGCCUUGGUUACUUGGUAGCAGCUCCGUUGUUAUUAACUGUGCACUCCUGUGGCUGUGCUGUGACGGUCCGUCUUGUGACGUUGUUAUAACCCCCCCCCCCCACCUGCUUCUGAGAAUCAGGCUGCAGUUAAUCAAUGUGUUUGUCCCUGGUGGUCAUGUGACACGGUCCAGUCGUUGGUUACUUUUCUUUUUUUUUUUUUUGCCCCAUAUAGUGUCUUCUGCGUGUUUAUGUCCCCUCAUGCCAGUGCAUCGGAUCAGUUCAACGUGUGCGCUUCGUAUUUGUCUAUAAGGAGAUGCACGCAGACACGUUUUUUUUUGUCCAUAUUACCUGAGACCAAACUUUUCAUACAUGGCUCACGCUUUCUUUCCGCCACGUUAACCGAGAACAAGCUAUCGUAGUGCAACGUGCAGCUGUCCAGGCUUCCAGUGGCACAGUGUCAAAUGUCCUUCAGCAUCUUGAGAUGUUGCAGCAAAGACCUGUUAAUCUAUCAGUGUGCUUGUCAUUGCAUAGUGUGACGUAAUAUUAGCUGACGGUAAUUCAAUCUUCCUUUUAUCAUCACAUGUCUGGUUAAUAGAUCUGUUUACAACGUAGUGCUGUAGGUCAAAUCUAUUCAUUCGGUGAACUUUGCACUUUAAAACCUGGAUAACCGAGUGACAAAGGCAGCUUUUACAUGGAGAAAAUGCCUUAUGAGUGUCAUACCUGAAUCUGCAUGCUAGUGAUGUCACGGUGUUGUACAAUAAAUGUGUGUGUAACCACAA